UCACAUUUCUAAAAAAUCUUGCUCUGGACCUGACAGUUGUAGAACCGCCACAUCUGCUUUUAUAUAGUUGUGUUAUUUGUUUCAGUGUACGGGUUGUGUCGCUGGCGGGACACCACAAGAGACCGAGGACGUAUGAGGGGAGUCUGCAUUCUGGGUCGUCCGCGUGAAUCGAUUCCGGCCGUUGACGCUCCGGCGCCGGGUUUUCUCAGCGGCCUCUCCGUCUGAGUCUGGCAGCAGAGCGCAGCGUGAAAGCAGUGGGAAACAGAAACAGAAACACUAUGGCUGCCACUCUGUCUCUCACUCAGCUCUCCAAUGGAAAUCCCAUUUAUGACAAAUACUAUCAGCAGGUUGAUCCAACUGCCAGUGGGCGUGUGGCGGCAGCUGAUGCAGCUCUGUUCCUGAAGAGGUCUGGCUUGGCUGACUUGGUCCUGGGGAAGGUCUGGGAUUUGGCAGACUCUGAACGUAAAGGUGCUCUAAACAAACAGCAAUUUUUCAUAGCGUUGCGGUUGGUGGCCUGUGCUCAAAAUGGCCUGGAGGUGGCGCUCAGGAGCCUUAAUGUGUCUGUUCCUCCUCCGAAAUUUAAUGACACAAGCAGCCCGCUGUUAGCAGGAGGAGUGGCUGUUGACACUCUCUGGGUUGUCAAGCCUGAGGAGAAGUUGAAGUUUGAUGCUAUCUUUGAGAGUCUGGGUCCUACAGGAGGGAUUCUGACAGGAGACAAGGUCAAGCCUGUCCUGCUGAACUCCAAACUGCCAGUGGACAUCCUCGGCAGGGUGUGGGAGCUCAGUGACAUCGACAGAGAUGGCAUGUUGGACAGAGAUGAGUUUUCUGUGGCCAUGUAUCUGGUGUACAGAGCCCUGGAGGGGGAGCAUGUUCCCAUGUCCCUACCACCUCCCCUGGUUCCACCCUCUAAGAGGAAAAAACCCUCGGUGCCUCCCGUGAUGCCCCUGUUACCCUCGCCCCCCUCAGCCAAAGACAGUCGCGCCUCCCACGCUGGCUCUAAGACCAUGCCCCACCCCCCUAAACCUGCCCCCGCUCCUGUCCCAACACCAGAAGCUGCCCCUUGGGUGGUGUCGCCAGCAGACAAAGCAAAGUAUGAUGAGCUAUUCAGCAAAACGGACGGAGACAUGGACGGCCUUGUGUCUGGACCUGAAGUCAGAGACAUCUUCUUGAAAACCGGGCUUCCCUCUGCCACACUUGCACGUGUCUGGGAACUUUGUGACAUUAGCGACAUCGGGAAACUGACCCGAGAGCAGUUUGCCCUGGCGCUUCAUCUCAUCAAUCAGAGGCUGACUAAAGGCCUGGAACCUCCGCAGAGUCUCGCCCCAGAGAUGAUACCUCCAUCUGACCGACAAAACGUCAAACUGAACAACUUGGCGAACCUGUCCGCUGACUUUUCUGCUAUCAAGGAGCUUGACUCUCUCAGUAACGAGAUUGUAGAACUACAAAAGGAGAAGAGCACUGUGGAAGAGGAGAUCAAGGAGAAGGAGGAGGCCAUCAGACAGCGCAGCAUCGAAAUACAGGACUUACAGGUCGAGGUGGCGAGGGAGAGCGAGGAGCUGCAGCGGCUCCAGGCUCAGCGUCAGAAGGUCCAGGAGGCCUUGGAGGAGCUGGACCAGCAAAAAGGCUCCCUGGAGGAGCAGCUGACUUUUAUUCGCCAGCAAACCAACCAAGAAACCCAUCUGUCGGAGCAUGAGGACCAGGAACAGAAGAUAUGUCAGUUUGAGGAGGAGCUGGUCCAAGCCCGAGAGGAGCUCCUCGCGCUGCAGGAGGAGAGCAGGAAGCUGCAGGAGAAGGUCCAGGCCGCUGAGGAGCAGCUCACACCUCUCCAAGAGUCUGUCCACGACUCCUUUACACAAGUUUCCCAGGUUCAGCAGAAGCUGAACAACCUUCAGGUGGAAGAGAGGUCAGUAACUGCCCAGCUCAGCUGGAAAAGAGCCCUGGAGGACAACUCUCCUGUCAUGGUCAACGGAUCAACCGGCUUCGCUGCAGAGCUGCGCCAGGGGCAUCCCUUCCAGCAGGACCUCUUCCAGGAGGACCAGCCUAAAGAGCUGAAGGAGGAAGAUCCAUCGGCUGUCUUCAAUCCGCAGAGAGAACAGUCGGACCAAAAAGAGAAGGAAGAGAAGGAAGAAGAGGAAGAAGAGAAGGAGGAAGAGAGUCCAAAAUAUGAUCCCUUGGAUGAUCUCUAUACUAGUCUCUCCUCCUCUGAUGUGUACAAUAAUCGAUCGGCCUUUGCCAAACCACUUGAAAACACGGAGCACAGUAGCCCUACACCCGACCUCUCCACGCAGCUCAUGAAUGAUGCAGAGGAAUUGCCUAAAGAGAGCUCACCAAAGAUCGCAUCGCCAGAGCGAGAGCCAGCUGAGUCCCCGGAAAGACCCCCCAACUCGUUGCCACCUCAAGUCGGCCCUCGCUCUAUGCCGCCUCAGACCAGCCCCCCCUCCCUGCCUGAGAUGGACUUCUUCCAUACAGACCCCUUUACUGACCACGAUCCAUUCAAAGAUGAUCCAUUUGGAAAAGUGGAUGUUGCAGAUCCGUUUGGUGGAGAUCCGUUCAAAGGGUCCGACCCCUUUGCUGCAGACUCUUUCUUCCAGGCCCCCAGCGCCCCUUUUGCCUCAGACGACCCAUUCACUGCCAGCGCAGCUGAUCUGUUUGGUACCACUGCUGGUCUCCCAGAACCAAACCUGUUUGCAACCAAGCCUAGUGAUGUAGCAGCUGGACCAGCAGCAGGUCCAGAUCCCUUCUCCUCAAAACCUACCAACCCAGCUGUAGUAGCCAAGGAUCCAUUCAGCACCACGGUCAACAAUUUGGCCGUCUCUGACGCGUUUGGUGGCACAACGCCAGCCACCGGGGAGGCGGAUCCAUUUGGUACCCAGGACGAAGGGGCAGACCCCUUCAACUUCUCUCUACCCACCUCUGAUCUGGCCGUGAAGGACACUGCAGCAUCCAAUGACCCAUUUGCUCCAGGUGGUACUUCAGUGAACGCCAGCUCAGACACAGAUCCGUUUGCGGCUGUGUUUGGUAAUGAGUCGUUUGGAGGAGGCUUUGCAGAUUUCAGUGCUUUGACAAAGUCAAACGGUGCUGACCAGUUUGGCAUCAACAAUAAGAACCUGUUCCUGGAAGAAAGCCAGUCUGCUGGCCCUGAUGUUCCCCCAGCCCUGCCCCCAAAAACGGGUACGCCAACCAGACCACCUCCUCCACCUCCAGGUAAGAGAUCGGCCGUCUCCAGGACAGAUUCGUCUGACUCCUUCCAACGACGAGGGCCCUUCCUCAAGCAGCAGCCUCCGGGAGACUUCUCCUCCUCUUCCCUGCCUGCUAAGGAUCCUUUAGCCGACCCCUUCGCCCCUUCCUCCCCUCCUCGUCACAACGCACGGGAAACUGACCGAUUUGCCAGCUUUGACAAACAGUAUCCAACAGAGGAAGACAUGAUGGAGUGGGCAAAGCGCGAGAGCGAGCGAGAGGAAAAGGAGCGACUUGCCCGGCUCACCCAGCAGGAGCAAGAGGACCUGGAGCUGGCCAUCGCACUCAGCCAGUCUGAACUCUCCUGAGGAGCUCGUCUCCCCCCCCAUCCCCUCAUCCACUGGCUCGGCACGGCACGGCACAGCCUGGCCCAGCCCAAAAAGCACCAAAGCAUAGUGGGGACUAAACAAGACUGAAUCCGCAGCACCCGCUGACCCCUUGAAGAGAUUUACUUGGAACAAACCCAUCUGUGAAUCUUCCUCCUCCUCCCCAGACUGUGUUCACCGUUCACUGGCAAUGCAAUGGAUUGUUGAAAAAUGAAAUGCAGUGAAUGUGGAUGUAGAGAUCGCUCCGUUGAUUUCAACAUCAUGCGACAAAUGUCUCUGACUCUCCAGAAUGUAAUUUAUUUAAUGCACUCACAACUUGAUUGAAAUAGCCAUGUCAGAAGUCUCGUCUUUAUCCACUAACAGUACUCGUUACACUUUCUUAAAACUCGGCUCACUCUAGCAAAUGAAGUUAUUUUCAUGAAUUUUAUGAGAUUUAUUUAAUUAGAAAUGGUCUCUCGUUCAUUUUGUUGAGCCUAAAGAAAAAUUGUUCACGGCCAUAGGCUGAGGGGCGGGGUGUUUUUUGAGGCACUUUAACAAUAUUAGAGUGUGAGGUAGUCUUUUAAAAAUGGAGUGACCAUGUACUCGUAUAUUUCCGUAUGAUGGCAGAAGGCCGAUGAGAUUUUCAUUAAAAAAAGUACUUGUUCAGGACCGGGUGACACGAUUUCUACUUAUUUAACUUGAAGUUACCAGUCCUCUGAUAUGUGAAGCACAUGUGCAGAUUUAUACAAAAGUUUAACAAAACCAUCAAAUGCUACCACGUUCAUCUUGAUACUUUAAUUUCUUUUACAUUUCAGUAAUGUGUCUGUCGAUACUUUUUUUGGGAGGUACUGAAAGGAGUGAUACUACAUCUAUUCCAUAUCAACUAGCAUUACAUUUCAGGGCACACUUCAAGGAAUUGCACACAAUGAUAACAUUACUUCUUCUUUUUGAGAGUCCAACACCAAAUACUUAGUAUGACAGUCUUUAUUAAUGACUUUAUUAUUAAUGUCUUUAUUAUUGACACUAACAAACCAACUUAAAAAAAUGUGAACUUGGUUGUCAUGGAUGAAUCAAAGUGUGGAAAAGGCGUUGUCUGUCCAUUUCCAUUAAAUAGUGUCAAUAGUCAUGUUAAUUCUCACUGAUCACGGGUUAGGCGCUCAGCAGUCUCCCUAAAGCAGACAUCUUUAAGUAUCUUAAAGUUCAACUUCCAUUUUGAAGUGAGUCACUGUUGUUACUACUUUGGUUAUCGUUUGUAUGACUUUCAUAUUCCCAGAUGCUUCCUCUGAGGGACUAAUUCAAUCAGUCCGUAAAGUGGAUUAGCUCUCCUGUGUCUCGGUGGAGCAGUUUGUCUUCCACAGCAACAAACAGUGGCAGCCACAGCCAGUGAUUCUCUCCAUUUUGUGUUUUCUCCCAGUAAACAAGCUACCCAAUGCCGUGUGCUGAGCCGCGAUGGUUCUCUGAACAAGUGAAGUUGUACAGCAGAUGGUUUCGUUGUCGUUCUCUUUGCUGAUUUCUGACUAAACUUCUUCUUGUUCUGUCACUUCUCGGCUUUAAGGAAAACGAGCAUCGUCAUAGUUUCCACUUCUCAUGUUUAGCUAGUUUACUGCCUGUUGUUCAAGCUGCACUUCCUACUUACCGUUCACGUUUAUUGUAAACUCCAGAGAACGGCAGCCGUCUGUCGGUCAUAUGACAGUUUAACUCCACCGGACGCGUUACUCAUUUGUACAGACUCCUUUUGCAAAUCAAGAACCACUUAUGUUUGUAGGCUUACCCAUAAAGGCUUUUUAAAAACUCAAGCUACUUGUAUUUUUAUUUUGUAUUUUCUAACAUGUAGAGUAAAAUCAAAUCAUUAUUUGGCCAGAAUAUGUAAUGCAUUUAAUUGAACAGAAUAAAUAUUAAACAUGU